AUGAAGUGGCUUGAGCAAAAAUAUAAACAUAAGUUCAUCUUACAGGAGGAUAAUGAUCCAUCACACGGCAGCCGCAGUCUAAACAAUGCGCCUGUGAGGCUUAAGAACGAUUCACACAUCGAGACCUUAUUCCAUCCCGCACAAUCAACUGAUCUCAAUCCUAUCGAGGCACUUUGGAUGAUCAUAAGGAAGCGAUUACGUGGUGGUAGGUGGCAGAAUGUUGCCGAGUUCAAGGCGGCAAUUGAGCGAGAAUGGCGCCGUAUUACGCAGGCACAAAUCAGGCGCCGCAUAUCAGAGAUGCCGGCGUGUUGCGAGCGUCUUAUUACCUCAAAUGGGCAGCGUCACCGAGGCUAUAGGUGGUAA